AUGCGGAUCACAUCAGAUACGCAACGCGUGACUGCCACCCAGAGGACAUACACGGAAAGUUGGAGUAGUUACGAUUCGUUGGAGGGGAUUGAUUUUCCCAAUCCAGCAGGUGUCGCUCAAUCGAUCACAGACGCUGCAGGCGCAAAGGCGCAUGCGCCGUCGACGCACCGGAAAAUAACAGAUCAGAAAAGAAUGUCGUCUGAUGAACCUGAAGUCAAGAAGACAAAGAUGGAGGAAAGCCCCGCAGCUUCUGAUCAACCUACUCAUAUAUCUAAAGCGCCUCAGAAACCUUUAAGGGGAAGACCUCCGAAAAGCAAACUUUUGGAAACACAGAGACAACUGCCACAAUCGAGGGAAGAAAACGGAAAGUCUCUUCGUCGCUCCUCUCGACUAAAAAUGACACAGAAAAAGGCAGUGAGAGGAAAACGGAGGAAAGAAUCGGAUGCGGCGAACACGAAAGAGCAAGGAUCCAAAGUCUUUGAGAAACCAGGAGAUAAACCAUCUCAGCAUUUGACUGUUUUGAAAAAAGGAACGAAGAAAUAUGUCUCAAGAGUGAAGCGAGACAGUCCUGUUGACUCCCAAACCAUCAAAACUGUAACAGCAGCUUUAUUUCCUGUACAAAUAGAGCACAACUAUGGACGAUUGUUCGACCUGGAAAGUGAGGAGAUCACAUUACCCCAAUCUGAGAAAAACAACGGGGCCAGUGUAACUGAUCUGCAGUCAGUAUUUCGCGACAGUUUUCAAGGCAAAGUGUCACUCGAAGAGCAGAUGGAAAUGUCAACAGACCCUAUCGAGAAAAUUACUGUGAGUUUGGAUGCUAAAGUAGAUGCAAUAACCAAAUCUCCUCCACCCCUCGAGGCAGUUUUCAAAGUCAUCCAGGAGACCAGCAUCACGAAACACACAUUCACCAGGAAAGACAUUUCAGACAUGGACGAGUUAGAGGUUGUGAAUACAUGCUUGCUGCAGGACGGUGUGCAGAGUGCUGAAAUAGCAGGUGUGGCGAAAGUCUUUCUUCACGACUCUGAUGCCUUUCUGGAUGAUGAUGUUGAGAUCGGACAUUGUGUUGUUGAGAUCGAAACCUAUGAGGAUUCAGAGAGUGAUUCUAUUGUGGUUGAGGAGUGGCCUCCAGACGUUAAAGAGAAAGCUCCAAACAACCAAACAAGUGAUCCUGUGCUCAGUGAGGAGCUUCCUUCCUCUCCUUCUUUGCCCAAUGAAAGUGCAACUGACUUAACACAAGGGCCUCCUAAAAAGCAAGCCAUGAACCCGCAGGCUCGAACGAAAGCUCGUCUGGCCGCCCUGGCAGAGGAGAAGGCGGCCGCCAGCAAAAAAGCCCCUUCCCGUCAGCUCAACCUCCUGGCGCUCUGCGAAGAAAUUGCAGACGACAUCGCAGACGAUAUUGCAGACGGUAUCACAGACGGUAUCACCUACGAUGCCCAUGUAGCUUCAGACGAGAAAGACGUCACACAACAUACUCAUGCAGUGGAGCUUGUGGAGGUCAGUGAAACCAAAAGCGAAACGGAGAACUUGAUGUCACCAACGGCUUCCGAGACCACCGCUCUCCCAGAGAUCCCCAGUGAGAGGGCCGCUGCCCCAGGAAACUCCCAGAAGCGCUUUUUCCUCAGCCAGGUUUCGCUGCCCCUCAAGACCCAGGAGAAGAAAAAACUCACCCGGUAUCAGAAGUUGAGACAGGUGGAACUUCAGCGAGACAAGCUGACCUGGACUCGUGUUAAGAAGCUCAAGACCGACCAGGCGGGUCAAACCAGCUCGCCGAAGGAGGCAGACGCUGUCUCAGAUUCGCCCGCACAGGCUGCCGCCCCAGUUCAGCUUCCGGUCCCAGAGAGCGUGCCCAAAGUGAGCUCCAAUGAACCCAGACGGGCGCUCCCUGCUCAGGCACCACCAAUGCCUAACGGAAUCACCCGUCCCAAACCCAAACCAGUAGUGGAUUAUAAACCCUACACCCCCAGACGCAAGUAUUCACCGGAUGAUUUUGAGCUUGAUUGUCUUGAGGAGGAAACGAAUAAACCAGCGACGCCCAUAAAUGAGGUCAAACCGGAGCAGUCGUCUUUACCAGCUAAAGUGCAGCCCAAGCCAUCAGUAGAGAGGAAGUCAUGUGCUCUCACUACGACAGAGAAUAAGCCAACUUUCUCCACCCAACAAGAACCUGCCCAAACGACGCAAACAGAAAGCAACAACGGGGGAAGUUCAAACGCUGAACCCGGAGCAGACAAGAAAGAGGUCAAAAACUGUUCAAAACCUACAAAUACAGCAGCACAAGCCACCAAUGAGUCCAGUCAGAAGGCGUUUGGUGCUGUGACGUGUAACGUGUGUGGGAUGCUGUACUCACCGAGCAGCCCAGAGGACGAGUCACACCACCUCCUCUUUCACAAUCAGUUCAUCAGCGCUGUCAGAUAUGUGGGCUGGAAGAAGGAGAGAAUUCUAGGAGAGUAUCCAGACGGAAAAAUGAUUCUCGUGCUGCCGGAUGAUCCCAAAUAUGCAUUAAAAAAGGUUGAGGAGAUCAGAGAAAUGGUGGACAGUGAUUUGGGCUUUCAGCAGGUGAAGACAAAGGUCCCAUCGCAGACCAAAACCUUCCUCUUCAUUUCAAACGAUAAGAAAGUGGCAGGGUGCCUCAUCGCUGAGCACAUUCAAGAGGGUUACAGGGUGAUAGAGGAGGCUGUUCCUGAAGGCUCAGAAGGUGAGAAGGUCAUGUUUGAGCGUCAGAGGGCCUGGUGCUGCUCUACUGUUCCUGAGCCGGCGCUUUGUGGUAUCAGUCGCAUCUGGGUCUUCAGCAUGAUGAGAAGGAGAGGAAUCGCUUCACGCAUGAUCGAGUGCCUCAGGAAUAAUUUCAUCUACGGGUCUCAUCUCAGUAAAGAUGAAAUCGCCUUCUCCGACCCCACGCCUGAUGGAAAACUCUUUGCCACACAUUACUGCGGAACCUCUCGGUUUCUGGUCUACAAUUUUGUCAGCGGCAAUCGGCCAACUUGACAGGAAUUGAAGAGAAUACUGGACUAAGAGAAACUUUAUUUCACUACCAAACAGUGCAAAAGUGAAAUGAGAGAACACCAGAUGUAGAACUGUGGUUUUAUUUGGGCCUUGUCUCCUCACUGGAGAUCUAGAGGUGGACCCUGAUUUUAAACCUUCAUGUUGGCCAGUCGACAGUGUAUUUCUAUGAGACUCCACAGUAGAUUACACGUGAUGCGUUGUUUGAUGAACGACAUCUAAACUGUUCUCUCAGGUUUAGCUUGCAGCCUGUCUUAAGACUCUUCUUUUAGUGGAAGCCAUGUUGUCCAGUGCACAACCGCAAGAUCAGUGUAAGUGCUUCUUCUUAUGUGAGAAGUGUGAACAUUACUACUGUAAGCAAUGCCUCAGUCCCGAGGUGACUUUUGAAUCUCAGGUUGAAAAUCACGUAUUUGUCAUCAGAUCUCCCUUUAACCCUCACAUCAUGUCAUCUAUUUUCAAAGAGAGCAUAUUUUCCUUAUACAUCGUGUCUCGUUUCAAAGAGGUUUACAAGCAUGGCAUUGACAUCCAUAGACAACAGUGGAUUUCAUAGAAGUCGCUAAUUUCGCUUUUCUAGUUUUCGCACAAUACAUUCGAUUCAUGAAUCAAAUAUUAUCCCAGCCGUAUGCCCAGUCAGAGUAUUUCCAUCUCACUUUGAUAUUUUACAAAUGAUUUUAUGUAUAUGAAUUUUGAUUGAAUGAAUUAUAUGAAUUUACCCCUGAACUAGACAAAUAGAUUUCUUUUCUG